AAAUAAGAGUAAAUACUAUGAAUUACAUGAGGGGUGUGGCUUCACUCAGUCAAUUCUUUUGACUGGGCACAGGUGAGUCCUCCAUGCGCUCUGCUGACGGCUCCUCCCAGACAGUCUGCAGGAGGUGGUCCAGUCAGUCGCUGCCAUUUAAGACACCAAGGACCUCUCUCUAAUGAGUUGUUAGGGGCCGGGAAUGUAAUUUCAUAUCUUCAGUCCUGCUGUAGUCGUGAGCUUUGCUGUUCUAUUAUAAUGACUAGGUUUGAUGAGUUCAGCAGGAUAAGCAUAGUUUUUGUGACAAUGUUUUGGCUUUUAACUUUUAAAGGUGCAUCCUGUCAACUCAUGGUUUUCCCUGUUGGUUCCAGUCGGGUCACUUCAGCAGCUGGGGACAACGUGACCCUGGCUAUAUCCUUCAGUGGCACCUCCGACCCCACUGUUGCCUGGUUUAUGGAAAAUCUAUCUGUCGUUGUGUGGACUGUUACCUCAGCUACUCCCCCGGUCGUAGCUGAAAGCCUGAUGAAGGUCGUGAGGCUGGAGUCAAAUGGAUCUCUUACCUUACUUAAUGUGACGCUUAACUAUACCAGUAACUACACAGUUGAAAUGACAAAACCUGGACUGAGUAAAGCUGUGACAAGUUUUACUCUGACUGUAUUUGAAAGGCCGGCAGGCGACCCGGUGUGCUUUAUCCAAACGGUGAAUCGCUCCAGCCUGCAGUAUGAGUGCCAGUGGCCAGGUGGAGUCCCUCAGGCCAACCUGACUUUCCCACAGCUAAACAGCACCAGCAGCGGAGUGGGGAACUUCAGUCUAUCUGUCCCAGCCUUCACUCACCUUGACGGGAAAGCUGUCACAUGCAACGCAAGCCACCCGACUGAAGCAAAAACCUGCACUGUUACUGCAAGAAGUCCAGCGGAUUUCCUUCCAGCUGUUAGGAUCACACCUGGCCCUGACAACCAAACAUGGGUCUCCAUCAGCUGCGUCAGCGCCGCCUCGCCUGAGGCCGCGGUGACGUGGAGCCGAGGCGGCGCCGCGCUCACCAACGGCACCGUCUACCAGAUGAGCAGCGACGCCACGCAGAUCCGCAUCCGAGUCAGCAACGUCAGCAGCCUCCUCCUCCUCAACUACAGCUGCACCUGCUUCAACCCUCUGGGCAACCGGACGAGAGACGUUCAGCUACUAGUCCGUUUCCCUCCUCCUCUCGCUCCUUCGAGUGAUCUCCCUCAUGCUCACGUGCCUCCUUCUCCAGGACCAUCCAUCUCACCUUCCACUUUGGUCUGUAAUAAAGAUGGAACCAGCGUCGCGUUGAGCUGGGAGACACCACCAGCGUCUGUUGUUACAGGGUUUGACAUUCAAAUGAUGGGAUCAGACACCAACUCAUACAGCACCGUCGGGCAGGAACCAGGCAGCGCUCGGGCCGCCAACAUCUCCGCCCUCAGCCCCCACCUGGCCUACCGCUUCCGGGUCGUCCCCAAAGCGCUAAUGAUUGAAGGAGCGCCUUCCAUGGACUGUAAAGUCGGUCAAAGUAAUGGCCCUGUCGUUGCCGGCCUCGCAGCUGGAAUCCCCUGCAGCCUCGUCCUCCUGCUGCUGCUGGGAGGCCUCAUUUACCUCUACGUCCACUGCAGCCGCAAGAAAAGUCGACAACCUCGAUACCCGAAGUCCAGAUCCGCUGAGAAGGCAGUGACAUCAUCCCACUCAGUCGUACCUCGUAAUCACAUGCGGCGCGGAGGGCUGAGGUGUCCCCCCGAUUACAACACAUCACAGCAGACUCCUUCUGAAAGAUCAGUGUCCCUCCCGAGGUUUGCUCCUCCACCGCCUGUCAGAGUUGCAACAACUGUAUGAACGCUAACAUCAGCUUUGAAUGUAAAUAGCUUCAGAUUUUUGUCGCAUUACUCCAUAAAAUUGUAUGAAUUCA